AUGCCUGGUAUCCUCCCAAUGAAGGUCAUCAAGGUCGGGUCCAACUCGCAGACCCGCAUCGCCCAGGCGUGCGACCGCUGCCGCAGCAAGAAGAUACGCUGCGACGGCAUCCGGCCUUCCUGCUCCCAAUGCACCAACGUCGGCUUCGAGUGCAAGACCAGCGACAAGCUGAGCCGCCGCGCUUUUCCGCGUGGCUACACCGAGUCGCUCGAAGAGCGCGUGCGCUUGCUCGAGUCCGAGAUCCGCGAGCUGAAGGAACUGCUGGACGAGAAGGACGAGAAGAUCGACAUGCUGUCGCGCAUGCACUCCAACUCCCCUGGCUCCAUCGGCCGGAGACCUUCGCCGUCUCCCACCCCGGUCUCUCCGAGAGAAGACGCGCCCGACAAGGACGACCUUUUCAAAAUCCAGCAAUCGCCCAUACUCCUGGAGGACGGCGGCUCAGACUCCUACUUCGUUGGCACGUCGAGCGGCAGGACACUGAUCGAUGCCUUCUAUCGCCGCGUCCAGGAGACCGGCCGCUCACUCCCUCAAGUCCGCCCUGAGGCAUUCCUCGAGACCGACUCAAAACCCCAACAGACCAGGGACACGUCUAAUGUCUCUUUCAAAGCACCUCCGCGCCUUGUGUCCGAUCAAUUAAUCAACAUCUUCUUCCAAGAAUGGGCGCCUCUCUUCCCAGUGCUACACCGACCGGCUUUCCUCACCUUGUACGAUGAAUUUGUCAACAGCUCGGAGCCCCUUUCAGACAUGAAGGCUCUUGCGCAGCUCAACCUUGUUUUUGGCAUCGCCGCUCUUGCAAACAACUGCCCCGACAAGGCGCUCGUGGAAUCGGUCGAGCUACAAUGGCACGCUGCUUUGAACUCGUUCAUUGAUGACACUUCCCUCGUUACCCUGCAAUGCCUUGUCCUCGCACAGAUCUUUUGCCUUCAGAAGGCGGACUACAACCGUCUGUUGAAGUACAAGGGCAUCGCCAUUAGCCUGUCGCACCGUUUAGGUCUCCAUCAGUCGCAAAAGCGUUUCACACUUGGCGUUCUUACCGGCGAGACAAGGAAGAAGGUUUUCUGGACGCAGUACACUCUUGACUGCUUUACUGCCGCUCAACUUGGCCAGCCCAAGCAAUUGCGCGAGGAGGACAUUCACUGCGAGUUCCCUGUGGAUGCCGAUGAUGAGUACAUCACGGAGAAAGGCUUCCUCCCUUCUCUCCCCGGAGAGUCCACCAAGCUGUCCAGCGCCCUUGCUCUGUUCCGCGCCGCGCGCAUUCUUGGCACGGUUCUCUGUGAGAGCUACCCCUCUGCCACAUCCCAUGAGAUCUCCCUUCGCAAGAUGGCUGCUCAGUCGGAUGAUUUGGAUGAGUGGAACAACAGCUUGGCCCCUCACUUGAAGCUUCAAUUCGUGCAGGACAAGCCCAGCACUCAUAUCAUCAGCAGCCGCUCGCCCAUUCUGUCUCUUGCAUACCAGUACAUCAGGUCUCUGAUCUGGCGCCCUGCGGUUUGCGCCAACAUUGGAGGACGAGCAUCCGCGGCUACGCUUGCUGUGGCUGGCGCCUCGAAGGCUACCGUUCAAAUCCUGCAGCUUUUGGAGGAGAGAAGCAUGUGUUUCGCCCUUUGCUUGAACAAGCAUGACAUGCUCGUGACCUCGGGCUUCGGUCUCAUGUUCCAGAGCCUCGACCUUGACCAGGACAGCAGACUCAUCAAGGAGAACCAGAAGCUCAUGGCCGCCAUCGUUAACUUCCUCGAACGUUCUCAGUCUCCCGGAUCCGCCGUAUUCCGCAAAGUGGCGAAGUCGACGGUCAGCUCCAAUGCUGAACAGCGCCCGUCGAAGCCAUCCCCCGCUCCCAACAACAUGCAGGCUCCCCAAGAUGUUCUCCGCUCGACGCAGAAGCACCUCAAGGCCAUCGCCUCGCGCUUCUCCCCCAACAGACAGCAGGAGAUCUCGAAUGACAUCCGACGAGCCACGCUUCCCAACCUUUCCACCGAACACAGCAACCAGAGCGGCGUCAGCAUCAGCUCGAUCCACUCUGAACCAUCCCACGCCCGCUCGGAACCCACCAUGUCACCCCUGUCCCACCGUGCCUCGCUCGGCGGUACUCCGUCAAUCAAAAUUCGGCGUCCAAGCGCCGGCGGCUCCACUCUUAACCUUGACUAUCUCUCAUUCGGUACCGAAUCACAGUCGAACACUUACUCGAUGGCGGCACACCUAAAAUCGGAAACGCAUUCGCCUGGUGACUGGGAGCGACUCCUCAGCGGGAUCGACAACGGCCAGACCAACAUCUACGACAGCAUCUACGGCGGCGCACCCGUGGAUGCGCUCGGCGACGUGCCUCCCCUGUCGGCGACUUCGGACGCGAACCUGGCGUGGUCGCCGAGCGUGUGGACGGUGGGACCGCCCGACCAGCAGCCACCGCAAAGCGUACUAAGCUUUUCCGACGAGAGCCUCACGAGCGGCAGCAACGACUUUGACUGUGACUUCGGAUCCGCAAGCUCCGACUCGUAUAGGGGCCUUGUGAUUCCCGAUCUAAGUCCGUCGGCCAAUGGCAUCGCUCUCGAUGGGACCUUUGGACUGUGA